AUGAUUCGUAUCAUCCUUGCCUUCUCGCUGCUAGCUGCUGAGUGUUUGGCUAUUCAAGAUUUUCACGCGGAUCGUCCCGAUCUUUGCUCAAAAUGCGACUGUAGUGGAUCUGGUGGGUCGGAGCACGAUAUUGGACAUCUAUCCCCUUUAAAGGAGCAUGGAGAUCAUGAACAUCCAAAUCCGUGUAUCCAAUGCUGUAGAAAUGGAGAUACUUCAAGUCAUGGAGAUGGACCGCAUGGUCAUGAUGAUGGGAGAUAA